AUGUCGUUACAAUCCUACUUCUUCGAUGUCAUAUAUUCCUUCACAAAUUGCAUGGUGUGCUUCCCCGGCUCGCCGCAACUCAAGAUAAACAGCCGCAGCUUCAAGAUACUGCGGCUGCUCGGCGAGGGCGGCUUCUCCUACGUAUACCUCGUCCAAGACAAUUCCAACCAGCAGCUCUUCGCUCUGAAAAAGAUCCGCUGUCCUUUCGGCCAAGAAUCCGUUUCGCAAGCCCUAAAGGAAGUAGAAGCCUACUCGCUCUUCUCGCCGGAUCCCAAUAUCAUUCGCUCGAUCGAUUACAGCGUCGCAUCCGACAAGUCAGAUCCGAGCGCGAAAACAGUUUAUAUCCUGCUGCCGUACUAUAGGAGAGGGAAUCUGCAGGAUAUGAUCAAUGCGAAUCUCGUCAACCACACGAAAUUCCCUGAGAAGAGGCUUAUGCAGUUAUUUCUGGGUGUGUGCAAGGCCCUCAAGACGAUGCAUCAGUAUAGGGUGAGGGAAGGGCCGGGCGGUGCGCGGAGCGAGGGCAAGGCGAAGAAGGUGAGGAAGGAUGCGGCGCGCGCGGAUGCCGAGGCUGCAGAGGCGAUGGAAAUGCGGCGACACAGAGAACACGACGACGAUGACGAAGCCGAGGGCGAAGGACUUUUAGAGAGCGGCGAGGCAAGCUUGGCGCAGGAUGGUAUCGCACCAGGCGGGGAGAGGGCGUAUGCGCAUAGAGAUAUUAAGCCUGGCAACGUCAUGAUAGAUGAUGAUGGCCAAACACCCAUCCUCAUGGACCUUGGCUCCCUUGCGCCCUCACCAACUCCGAUAACAUCGCGCUCCCUCGCUCUCCAAGUCCAAGACACCGCCGCCGAACACUCUACCAUGCCCUACCGCGCGCCAGAACUCUUCGACGUAAAGACCGGCUCUGUCAUCGAUACAAAGGUGGAUAUCUGGAGUAUGGGCUGCAUGCUGUAUGCAUGCCUAGUCGGCAAAUCGCCAUUCGAGGCGCGUAGCGACGAGACGGGUGGUAGUUUGAGUAUGUGCGUACUCGGUGGCGAUUGGAGGUUUCCAGAUGAGGGCAGAGCAGCAAAGAAGCCGGCAGAGGGUGAAGGCAUAAACGAGAACGUGAAAGAGGUGGUUAGAAAAUGCUUGAAGGUCGAGCCGGGGGAGAGGCCGGAUGUUGAUGAGCUGAUUGGCAUGGUGGAGAGCGUCAUUGCGGAAUUGCCUGAGGAUGGCUCGGAGUAA